AUGGAGUACUCAUGGGUUGGGGCUGCCAUUGCAGUGAUAGCGAGCUUACUAGCAGUCAGGGUGUCAUGGGGUGUGUUGAACUGGGUUUGGAUCAGGCCGAGGAAGCUCGAGAAGUGGCUCAAAAAACAAGGCCUCGCCGGAAACCCUUACCGGAUUCUGCAUGGGGACUUGAAGGAGAGGGCGGCGCUGUUGGAGGAGGCCAACGCCAAGCCUGUGGCAUUCUCCCAUGACAUUGGUGCAAGAGUGUUGCCUUCCAUUUAUAAAACCAUCCAAAACUACGGGAAGGGUUCGUACAUGUGGCUUGGGCCAUACCCAAGAGUACAUAUCAUGGAUCCCGAGCAGCUUAAAGCUACUUUUUCUCAAAUCAAUGAUAUUCAAAAACCGGAUAUGAACCCGCUUAUUGACUAUCUUUUAGAGGGAAUUAUAACGCAUGAAGGCGAAAAAUGGGCUAAACAUAGAAAGAUUAUCAACCCUGCGUUUCAUUUGGAUAAGUUGAAGGGUAUGGUACCGGCAUUCGUGGAGAGUAGCAAAGAGAUAGUGAGUGAAUGGGAAAGAAUGGUCCCUGAAGAAGGGUGUUGUGAGUUGAAUGUAAUGCCAUAUCUACAAGACAUGACAUGUGAUGCCAUUUCAAGAACAGCAUUUGGAAGUAGCUAUAAGGAAGGACAAAUGAUCUUCCAACUUCUUAAACAACUUAUUGAUUUGGUGGUUAAAGUUGCCUUUGGAGUUUAUAUUCCUGGAUGGAGGUUUCUACCAACCAAGUCCAACAAAAAAUUGAAAGAAAUAAAUGAAGAAAUAAAAAAAAAGGUUUUGGGUAUUAUAAACAAAAGGCAAAAGGCUAUGAAGGAAGGUGAAGCUGUACAAAAUGACUUAUUGGGCAUUCUCCUUGACUCCAAUGCUAAAGAAAUUGAAGCUCAAGGAAACAACAAACACUUUGGAAUGAGUAUUGAAGAUGUGAUUAAAGAGUGUAAGAUUUUCUACAUUGGUGGCCAAGAAACCACAGCUCAACUAUUAACUUGGACCAUGGUUUUGUUGAGCUUCCACACCGAGUGGCAAGAACGAGCUAGAGCUGAGGUUCGAGAAGUAUUUGGUAACGACACUCCAAAUUCAGAUGGUUUAAAUCGUCUAAAAGUGGUGAAUAUGAUUUUACAUGAAGUUCUAAGGCUAUAUCCACCUGCAAGUAUGCUUCUUCGUGAAGUUAAAAAAGAAACAAGUGUUGGAAAAUUGAAUGUACCAGCUGGAGUAAUGUUAAUUGCACCUGUGAUUCUUAUCCAUCGUGAUCGUGAGAUAUGGGGUGAAGAUGCGAAUGAGUUUAAACCAGAAAGAUUCAGCAAUGGAGUUUCUAAAGCGUCAAAAUUGCAGCCUGCUUUCUUUCCCUUUGGAUGGGGUCCUCGGAUAUGCAUGGGACAGAACUUUGCGAUUAUGGAGGCCAAAGUUGCGAUAUCCAUGAUUCUACAACGUUUUUCAUUUGAACUCUCUCCAUCGUAUGCUCAUGCUCCCACUGUGGUUAUGUCGGUAGGGCCUCAACAUGGAGCUCAUAUCAUUCUACGCAAACUUAGCAAGACUUGAUUAUGCAUUUUCUAGCCUCGGUAGUUUACGAGUUAUUUAAAUAAGCCUUAUGUCAAAGUUUUAAGUUUCUUAACUCUUUGGAAAAAUUAGUGAGUUCAUCAUCAUUCUCUUUUAAGUUGCUAGGUGUCCCGAUCAUACUUGUUUAAGACGUGUUAUCUAUGGCCGUGUGUCGGAUGUCCCGAUCAUGCUUGUUCA